AUGUUCCUUCGCCCAUUAGUGGCCGCUGCCGCCCUGGUUGCUCUCGGUGCAGUCGGUGCAUCGGGGUUAUCCGACCAUGAGCAAUCUCUCGCGCCCUCCCUCAACCGCUGGCCUCGUGGGACUCAUUUGGGUGUUGACUACUACCCGUCGCAAUGGCCGGAACAAAUGUGGGAGUCCGACAUGGCUGAAAUGCGAGAUGCCAACCUAUCGUAUGUGCGAAUAAACGAGUUCGACUGGGCCAUCUUAGAACCGUCCGAGGGGCAAUACAAUUUCACACUUUUGGACAGGACGCUGGAGCUACUCGCCCGGUAUAACCUUAAAGCGAUCAUUGGCACACCCACGGCAGGUCCGCCUAAUUGGCUCACCCAAAAAUACGACGUCAGCUUCGUGGACCACACCAAUACCACAUUGCUUUUCGGAUCUCGCCGUGGCUAUAGCACAUCCUCGACCGAUUACCGUCUACUGAGCCAGAAAAUCACGCGAAAAUUGGCAGAGCGGUACGGCAACCACCCCACCGUAGCCGGCUGGCAACUGGACAAUGAGUUCGGAUGUCAUGGUACCGUGCAGAGCUACGAUCAUAAUGCCAUCAGGAGGUUCCGGGCAUGGCUGCAGGCUAAGUAUGAUACCAUCGAGAAUUUCAACGCUGUCCAGGGCCGUGUGUUUUGGUCAGACCAAUAUACCAGCUUUGAAGCAGUUCAGCCACCGUUUCUAGAAGUCUACACGCCACCGCCUGACCAUUUUCUCGAUUGGUACCUAUUCAGCUCAGACAUGACAAUCGAAUUUGCGCGGGAGCAGUCGGAAAUCCUGAGGCAAUAUGCGCCGACAAAAUUCAUUACACACAAUUUUAUGAUGGGCUUCACGGACUUCGACCAUUUCAAGUUCUCGCGUGAAGUGGGAAUUGACCUCGCGAUGUUUGACGAGUAUCCCCUUUCUGGUCCGAGUUCGUUCUCGUGGCUCUCUCUGAAAGAACAAGCAAAUUAUCUGCGCACCGGUCUACCGGAUUGGCAAGCGCUGAACCACGCUCUCUAUCGCGGUGUUGCGGGUGCAGCAUACAACAAAACAGCCGGGCCGUUCGGCGUUAUGGAGAUGCAACCCGGCGUUCUAAACUGGAGUCCUUACCGGGUGUCUCCCUUAAGAGGCAUGGUGCGACUCUGGACACACGAGACGUUCGCAGAUCUGGGCGAUAUAGUGUCAUAUUUCCGCUGGCGUCAGGUCCCGUACGGGGCAGAGCAAACGCUGUCCGGCCUGUUUACCUCGGACGAUACCCAAGACGAAGGCUUUGUCGAGCUGCAGACCGUGGUAAACGAAGAUCUACCGGUGUUAAGGAAUGCAAUCAAUAUGGAUCAAGAACAGGAGCCCCAAGCAGAUGUGGCUCUUAUAUUCGACUACGUCUCUUCCGCGGUUUGGGCUAUCGAUCCGUACAGCGGGGAUUGGAGCCCCAGUGACUCCAGCUAUACGAACCCGACCGUCAGCUAUAUGGACAUCGUCUAUAACUUUUAUUCUGCUCUCCGCCGCCUCGGUCUUUCUGUUGAUAUUAUUAGCCCCGACCAACCGAUUCACGGCUAUAAACUCGUGGUCGUGCCAAGUUUACCCAUCAUCCCCAAAGCAUUCAACGAAGCACUAGCUGAGUACAGUGGCCCAGUCGUUUUUGGGCCUCACACUGGCUCUAAAACAGCCACGUUCAGGUAUACUCCUGGUCUUAGCCCCUCGAAAGGUCCGCUCCGUGACCGCCUGCCGAUGAGAGUCACUCGCGUAGAGACACCGCCGACUUACGCGGAUAGUGGUGUCAACUAUGCGGGAAAGACGUUCAAUAUUUCAGGCUGGGAGGAGUGGGUUUUCUGCAAGCGGGAGAAUCGUACGAGCGUCGUGACAAUGACAUCUACCUCGUCACAUCGUCUCGGUCAGCCAGCCGCUUGCUCAAUGGAUGGGCUGCACUAUCUUGGCUUUAAUCCGUCCGUCGAGCUGCUCGUGUCAUACCUGGGUGACAUCGCUAAGGACGGAACGAUUACUGAUUUUGCGGGACGGCAGGCUAAUAGCAGCAAUGAUCUUGGGCCAACGCUGCGGUUUGCGAAAAGAGGCACCUUGCUCUGGGGGUUUAACUAUGGUUUAACACCUGCGAGUUUUCCUGCCAUCGAAGGUGCUGAGCCUCUGAUUGGUGGGGAUGCUUCUGAGAUUGCGUCCGCUGAUAUAGCUGUUUGGAGGCUGAAGAGUGCGCAGCUGUGA